AUGCAGUCGGUCCUUCGCCGUGGAGUCUCUUUCUUCAGCUCUAAAUCACCUACCCCUUCGGAAGCGAAUGGCGAUGAGGAAGCUUCUGACAACUUCAGAAAAGCCCCUUCCUCUGAUGGUCUAUUUCCCAAGGUUGACCCUGCAAUUGAUGGCGAAGAAUGUCUCCAUGACUGUGCAUCCUGUACGAUCCGCUAUCCAGCAAAAUUCGAUGUGGAGACGAAGGAUGACAUAUAUGGAAAUGUGGAUGGAUGGGCGACACAUUUGAUUGUCGCAACCGGGCAGACGAAUUGGGUCAGGGAUGUUGCGGAUGAGAAGGGAAGCUUAAUGGAGGCUAUUGAAAGAGGCGGGCUUCAAGCGUCGAAUGGGAAACUUAAAUUGUCUGCAUCCAAUAUGCCCGUUCCAGAUGAAUACCAUGGUUAUGCAGUCGGGGAGCAGCCGACGACUGUAUUGCUCCUACCCAGUUUCACAAUCAUCGAGCAUGUCACGCCUCAGCUGGUCCCGGAUCUGAUUCGGUACUUCGUCGACCCAUCCCAGACGACUACAACCCCACUGGGAUCCCAGAUAGUGUCUAGUAAGACCAGUGGUGCAGAGACAGAAGGGGAGAAACAACUAGACAUCACCAGCUUAACACCUCUCCGCUCGCGUCCGUGCCCGCACGCGGCCAUCAUUCUUCUCUGUUCACACCGCACUCGCGAUGCCCGCUGCGGACAAUCCGCCCCUUUACUCCGCAGGGAGUUCGAGCGUCAUCUCCGCCUACUAGGCCUCCAGCGUGAUCUGGAAGAUAACCGACCCGGUGGCGUGGGAAUCUACUUCAUCAACCACGUCGGGGGCCACAAGUACGCGGCGAACGUGAUCGUGUACCGGCGGAGAAACUUUGAAUGGUAUAAAGACGGUGCAGGAGAAAAGGAGGCAGAGGAGAAGGACGAAGGUGCGGCACAGGGCAUCUGGCUUGCCAGGGUGAGGCCGGAGGACUGUGAGAAUAUCGUCAAGUUUACCAUUUUGAAGGGGAAGGUUGUUAAUCCGGGGACUCAGCUGCGGGGAGGGUUUGACAGGGAACGGAAGUUGAUCAGUUGGUAG